UAAUCUAGUAGGUUUAAUAACAGUUCCGUAAUUUGUACCAAAUUAUACAAUGAAUUAUCGCAAGCGAGAGAAAGCGUUGAAGCCUAGAAAGAUUUUAAAUGUUAAACCGUCUAAAUAUGAAGCAUCUGAGGCUAUACACACGAAUAUUAAAUAUUGGAAGGAAGUUUUUCAAAACUUAGAUUCAUCCGGCUCUGGAACCCUUAAAAACCAUGAAAUACGCUUGUUAUCCGAAGCGUUGCCACAACGUACAUUCGAGAAUGUUUGUGACAUUCUGCAUAUAAGAAGCAUCUCGCAAGAGCCGACAGCUCAUGAAACAGUUUAUGAAGAAAUCAAACAAGGCAGAAGUAAAAAAGAACCAUUCUUAUCCUUGAGACAAACGUUUAAAGUUGAUGUUGAUGUGGAGUCUGAUAUGGAAGUUGAAAUCAGAAGCAGUGAUGACAAAGAGAGCUCUAUUAAUAUUCACCAAGAAUUUCUUAAGAAGCCCGUUCGUGAACAAAUAACAUGGCCGACCAGAUUUUUAGAACCGGAGAAGGAAGAUGAAAAAAGCCUUGUCAAGAAGGCUGACGAUCUUACUAACAGAAUAGUCCAAGAGUUUUGUGAUUUUAUGAAGGAACUUGGGGGAGACCAACAAUCGCAAUUAUUCACACCUAAAACCAUCAAAGAAUUGUUCCAGAUUGAGUUCGACACACACGCCGCCAGAAGUCUUCAAGUCGUGCCAAAAGAACUGCCAACGGUUGAUGAAAGAGUUGCAAAUGUUACUGGAAAUAAGAGAAAAUCUAAAUACGCCACUUUAGAGCGUGAAGUAUCCAAAGAUAUCAAGGCGGAGGCAAAACCAAACCGUACCAAGGGUUUCAAUAAAAUGCUACCACCGAAAGAUCAGUAUAUAGCUCCUAAAAAUGACACAAAGAAUCUAUGGAGAUCUGCGAGACAUGUACCAAAAGAUCUGGUAACUCUUAAAGCGGUUUGGGAGGACAUCACUAAUUUGAGAAGUGUCAAGGAAUAUUGUCGUUGGAUGAUAAACCAUCCGGAGUAUCGCCGAGCGCCGUACCUCAGUAGUCUCGGCAUGUUCGACUCAGCAGUCCUCAACGCCAGACUGACAUUCGAGACACAAAAUGAACCCGUAGUAGUACCGUCUGAAACAGUCUUACCUGACCCUGUUCAAAAUAUACGAAAACGACUCUCCGAUAUAACCGAACAAAAAUAAAGAUUAUUUGGCUUAACAAUUA